AAGGUGUUGCGUUUAUGAACCGGUGCAAGGACAGAGACAGCGGCGAUCCAGAAUGAUAGGAAGGAAGAAAAGAAGCAAGUCAGUCAUACACAUCUGGGAUGGCAUGAGGAUGUCACCUGGCCCUAUUAUCCUAUUGGAUAAUGUUAACAAAUAGUCCUCCACAAUUGACUGCAAACUCUGAAUCAGGUAGAGUGGGCUGGGAUGGCGGUGUGUGCUCUAACUGUGCUAGACGGGGUCGGGGAGGAGGCAACAACAUUGGGUGGCGUGGUAGUCCUGUUCCUGGCGCUGGUCCUCGCCUGGCUGUCUACCCACGUGGCUGACCGUGGUGAUCACAUUUUGGGAACCAUUCUCACUGUGGGUGCCCAUGCCUCCCUUAUUGGCUUGGGGGGUCACGACAGCUACGCGGGCUCCCCUCCCAGCUCAGAGCCCAGUGAGCAGUCAGAUGAGGAGCCAGUAGAUGAGGAGAAACAGGAAGAGGAUGGAGAGGAUGUGCUGGGAGAGGAGGAGCUGUUGGAUGUUCAGGGCGCAAGGAAGAAAGUGAGCUGUGUUCAGGGUAAUGGAAAGGAAGAGGGGAAGGAGGAAGUGAUGGAAGAGGAAGAAGAAGAUGAGGCCACAAGUAUCACAGUGAGACUGAAAUUCUUGAACGACACAGAGGAGCUCGCUGUGCUCAGACCACAGGACACAGUAGGAAUGCUGAAGAGUAAAUAUUUCUCUGGCCGUGAACAUCAGAUCAAGCUCAUCUACCAGGGCCAGCUCUUGCAGGACCCCCAGCGGUCUCUCGUGUCUCUCAACAUCACCCACAACAGCGUGCUCCACUGUCACAUCUCCCAAGCCCAGGAAUUGCGUGAGGCCGUGGCAGAGGACAACCCUCGAGUUGGGGCGAGUUCCAUGCUCACCGGGGGGCUGCGAUCGGCCGGUCUGGCUCUCAGCACCGGAAGCCUGGUGAUCCCAGUGUUUGUGGUGCUCCUUGCUGUGGUCUGGUACUUCCGAAUCAACUACCGCCAGCUGUUCACUGCACCGGCCACCAUCUCUCUGGUUGGGGUCACAGUCUUCUUCAGUUUUCUCAUCUUUGGCAUGCACAGUCGAUGAAAAGAUGGAUGGAUGAAAAGAAGCAUCCCGCAUAGAGGAAUGGUGCCAAUAUUGGGGAAGAAGUAUUGAGAAGGAGAAAGAAACUACAGAAAACAAUAGCAGCUCAGUGGUAGCAGAGAACGUUCUCAGGGAGCCUCUGAGGCUUCUGGUGCCAUUUAGAAAAUGUCUGAAUUUGUGUAUGUAUGUGGUGAAAGUGUGCACUAGUGCUUUCAGCUUAAUUCGUGAGCAUGCACAAUGUAACAUUGCUGUAUAAUUUAGCUUGAAAAAAAAAUAGCAUAUACAAUUAUUUAAAUUCUGUGUGAAGAGAAUUCAAGAUUUCACAUCUCACUGGUCUUUUAUUUAGAGAAAUUGCAGUUUGUGCUGACUAAUUGAGCCUCAUUCAUGAACAAGCAAAACAUUUCUGGGUGAACUGUUCAUAAAGUGGUUGAAUUGAAUGUGCCAAUUUAAGAAGUUUACACAGAAAUCUGUUCUGUUCGUGUUUCAUGAAUUAGGCUCAUUGAUUUUAGGUUUAUCAAUAGUUGUGGCUUGUUUUAACCAGUAAUAACAUGACUAUCUCCUGUAGUAGCAAACUUUCCUACGUUCCAAUCAUAAUGCACAAAUAAUAAUGAAAAGCUGUGGCGUACUUGUGUUAGCAGAUGUUAUGAGACAAUUACCUUUCAUGUUUGGAAUUGAAGGUUGUUUGUUUGUUACACUGAAUUUAUUUCAAACUUGUGUUUCUACAAGUCUAGCUCAGCAUGUAAGCUGCUAUUUCUGACUUGUUACAGUUCAUAAUCAUUAUCAUCAUCAAAUAGGCCAGUUUUAUACCAGCCUAUAUGAUGGUGAUUCUAGAUGCCACAAACUCAGUGCAAAGUAUUUUGACUUAUGGUUCAUUGUCUUCUUGUUCAGAUGUAGUUCAGUUAACUGUUAACAUUGUUACAUGUAGUUGCAUUUACAGCCUUUUUUUAUUUAUUUUUUCAUAUUUGACACGGAUAACAGAUCAAAUAAUUUGACAUCCUGUAAAAUCUGUAUAUAAACAAUGUAUUUAUUGUAGAUAAAACCAAGAAGGUUCAUGGAGUAACCUAAAAAAAAACUGUCGACAGUUAAUUGGUUACCUUAUGAAUGCAUUACAUUUUGCUGUCAUUAAUAUUGUCAGAAUUAUCUGUUUAUUUUGUUUUAGGGGAAACUUGGCUACCUAAUCUCACUCUUUAUUGCAGAUAACUAGUUUAUUAAAUUAAAACGGAUUUGAUUUCGCUUUGAUGCAAUAAUUCAGAAUAAAACGGCUCAUGACUGAAACGUGUGCUUGUUUCUGCACAUAUAAAAUACACGCAAUAAAGGACAAACUCUUAAAAAUAAUUAUUUCAAAGGGGUUUUCAGAACGAUGCCACAGAGGAACCAUUUUUGGUUCUCCAAAGAAGCUUUUUGAAUAAUUGGAUUAGUUUAAAGAAACUUUUGUACAGUGGGAAUGUUCCAUGGAUGUUAAAGGUUCCUCAUGGUGCUAAUAAAGAACCAUAAUUUUAAGAGCGAUUGCAAUGUUUACAAAUCUCCGGACCAAUGUGAUUGUGGGGAACAAUGACGGGGUAAUUAUGAGUUCUGAGAAAUAUUGAGUUUUAUUUAUACUACUACAGAGAUGACUACAGUCCACUGAGAUAAAUAACAGCAUUACAGUAAACGGCAUACAAACACCCACCCAAAUUAAUGUUAUAUCCUGUGUAAAUUGCACAAUGUUUUUGUAUUUUUCUUUUAUUUUCUCAUCAUACAGGCAAUUCCAUUCAUACUGCCUAAAUCAAAAGCUCUCAGUUCAUUUACAAUUCAAGUCACAAAAUGCACAAACAAAUCCAUGACAAAAAAAAAAUCACUUAUAAGACAAUCAAAUAAGGCUGUACUGACUGGAUUUGAUCCAUUUUAAGUGCAUCUUCAAUUACUAUUUGCACUUCUGCAAAAAAAAAAAUAAUAAUUUUUUUGUUUUUUUUACCAAAAUUCUUCAAAAAAGCUGACACCUAAUAAAACAUAGGAAGUCUUCUGACCGCUGAACUUUUCAGCAAUCCAAACUCUGUGGUCAAAGGAAAUGCAUAGCACACAAUCACACAGAGGACAAAAGAUAAGGACUCAAAAAGCCAAGAUUAUAAAAAUAACUAACACUCACAAAGCAGACUAAAUAAAUACUGUCAGACAAAAAAAAAAAAAA